CGCUUUUGGUAAUUUUUUUUUAUCGAUUUUGUUUUUUCGCACGGUGGCCGUGAUUGGAUUUCAUCCAAACCACUCUCAUCGGACAAUCGCCGCUGAGCAAUGCGCGGCCGGCGAAGAGGAGGGUUUGCCCGGUGAAUUUUCACGCCAUUUUUGCAUGUGCCGGCUGCCCGGUUCUCUUCGCUCCUUUCCACAAUCAUUCUUCGGUGCCAGUUAAUGUAAGGUUUUACCAAGUGAAAAUGAAUGGAUUGGGUACAGCUAAGUAACCACACCAACCUCGGCAUGAGAUCUGAACAGUGGAAAUUUGCAGACGCCUUCUCAUUGUCCCUUGAAUGAGUAGUUGAAUUCUUCAAUUCUCUUAUAGUUCUUCUCCCGGCUUUGUGAUUUUAAUUAAUCAUCUAAUGAUGUAGUAGUUCAUUCCCAGUCACAGUCAAGAGUUUCCUUGAUUCUCCUAGCUCAAGCUCCAGAAAUUUAUUCAUUAUGGAAUCAACAACGGAGAGUUCUAAAGAUGCACCGUAUAGGAUUCCAUCCUCUGUGUUUGCUCUAGAUACGCCUACAAAUCGUGCAGAAUGGAGCAUGACCUCCAAUGAGUCAUUAUUCAGUAUCCAAAUAGGAAGGAGCUUUACCAGGGAUGAAUUCCUUUGGGAAGAACUAGGCUCACCUGGUGUAGAUUCUGUGCCCAGCCCUGCAAGCAAUCCCAUUCCUACCCAGUUUGCGGGAAAUGAAGUGGUAACUGAUGGAAAAGGUCAUGAGGUAGGAAAGCAUGAUACCUGGGAAGGGGUCGUAAGGGAAAACGAAGAUCAAAAUAACCAAAAAUCCAAUGCUGUGGUGCACAUUUCUCAUGACUCUGCAGACAGUAUGGCCAGUGAAAAAUCAUUUGCAUUCCCAAUAUUGACAGGACAAGGAGAUAAAGACAGUCCAGAUUGCAUUGGUUGUGGAUUAAGCCAAGAGCAGCGGCCAAUGUCAGAAACACAGCCAAUCCAGGAGAAGGAGCCAUUAAAAUCGUCAGAGUCAGAGAACCAAGAAGCGGAGGCACAGCCAGCGCAAACAACUUGGUUUUCUUGGUUCUCCUGUUGCACUUCUGUUCUUAGGAAGUAGAGAGAGUUCACCUAAACAGGUUUUUGUUUACCGUGUCAAGUGCUAAACACAAAACUCUGUAAUUGGUGAAACAUUACAUUACAAGGUUCAGAAGUG